AAAAAGUAACAAACAAGCUGUUUCUGGGUGGGGGAGGAAAAUUGAGCUAGAGGAACAGCUACCACUUGUUGAAAGAUCUUCCCUGACAGUGCGUGUUGGAUAAUAUUGUUUUCUCUAAACAAAUACUUGAAGCUUUAGAGAAUACAGAAAGCUGUUCAUCGAAUCAACUGUGAGGGUGACACUGACAAGACGCAGGUUAAGGAGGGACAUGGCUCAGGAGACAAAUCAAACUCAAGUGCCUCUGCUCUGUGCAACUGGCUGUGGCUUUUAUGGGAAUCCACGCACUAACGGCAUGUGCUCAGUAUGCUACAAGGACUUUUUACUGAGACAAAAUAGCAAUGACAGAGUUAACCCCAUGGUAGCAGCGUCACCUGGAGUUAGUCAUUGUGGAGACUCUCUCACCACACAGAGCUCCCAGAGUAGCAGUGUGGAAGCGCCCACAGCCACACCACUUGAAGAGAGCAGAGUCACUGUAAUCGAGAGGCCUUCAACACAAGCUCCAGACUCACAUGCUGAGGAGGUCACUUCCCUAGGGGCUAAGGCAGGCCUGAAUACUGAAGUGCUAGGUAUAGUUCUCUCUAUAGCUCCAGGAUCAGAAGACACCACUCAGUCCACCAUAGAUGAAAAGGACAAAUCCACAGACCCUUCUAAACCCAGAAGGAACCGUUGUUUCACCUGCAGAAAGAAAGUUGGUCUCACUGGUUUUGACUGUAGAUGUGGGAAUGUGUUUUGUGGAAUCCAUCGAUAUUCUGACGUUCACAACUGCACUUUUGACUACAAGGCAGACGCUGCUGAGAAAAUUAGAAAGGAAAACCCUGUUAUUAUUGGAGAGAAAAUUCAGAAGAUUUGAAGUGUCAUACGAUAAUUGCAGCAGCUUGCAAUGCAAAUCAGCAUUUAUUUCUCCCUUUUUCCUUAAAUUGAAUUCACUCGUUUACCCUUUGAGCCCUGCAACCACCAAUUACCAAUAAAUUAUGCAUGCCACCAAAAACAUAUUAUUUUUGGAACUAUGUUUGAUAUGUUUACCCUGAAUUUCUUUACUUUUCUAAAUGUGGUAUGUAGAAUGCUGCAAAAAUACAAAUUUAUAUAAUUUUAUUCUAAUUUAAUUUAGGUAACUUUUUAAUCUAACCUGCUGGAAAGGCAGAGCUUUUCUGUUGUCCAUUUGGUAUGUUUCUUCCAUCUUACUGUAUGUUCCGUAGUCUCUUAAAAUAAUCAGAUGUAUGGCAGGUUUUCUUUUGCGUUAAGUAAAUUUGUUGUGUUUCUGUGUGUGAGAGAGAAUGAAUGGAUGGAUGGAUGGAUGGAUGGAUGGAUGGAUGAAUUACCAGUAUGGACUUCCUUACUGGUUGUGAUUUAUCUGUGCUGUGGCUAUGAGUAUGAUAUGGGGUGAUAGUGCUGUAUUUAUGUUAUUCACUGUCUUUGAUCUGAAUAAAGUUGAAGCAGAUUGAACACAAUCUGAAAA